GAAGCUAAGAAAAGGUCCCACCUCCCUCCCGCAUCCUGGAGAGGGAGCUCCACGGAUUGGUCCCGGUAGUCAGCGCGCGCCGACCGGCGCUCCAGGAUUGGCUGAGGGAGUGCUCGCGCCGUCGGGGAGCGUUGACGGUGAUUGGCCAGAAGGUGGGGCCGGCUAUUUGAAGGAGGCGCGCGGACAAGAUACGCACUUCAGACCGCGGUCAGAAGAGGCGGGAGUGGAUUUGGGCAACGCUGCUCUGCUGACCCUACGGGAACCAGACGCGGGCUUAGCCCCAGCUCUAGCCUCAGCCGCUGCCCGACGAGGCGAUGGCCAAGGUGUCGGUGCUGAACGUGGCGGUGCUGGAGAAUCCGAGCCCUUUCCACAGCCCCUUCCGGUUCGAGAUCAGCUUCGAGUGCAAUGAGGCCCUGGCGGACGACCUAGAGUGGAAGAUCAUCUAUGUUGGCUCAGCUGAAAGUGAGGAGUUUGAUCAAAUCCUAGACUCGGUGCUGGUUGGCCCUGUCCCAGCAGGGAGACACAUGUUCAUCUUUCAGGCUGAUGCCCCCAAUCCAUCCCUCAUCCCGGAGACCGACGCCGUGGGUGUGACCGUGGUUCUCAUCACCUGCACCUACCAUGGACAGGAGUUCAUCCGAGUGGGCUACUAUGUCAACAACGAGUACCCCAACCCUGAGCUGCGGGAGAACCCACCCCUGAAGCCAGACUUCUCUCAGCUCCAGCGGAACAUCUUGGCUUCAAACCCCCGGGUGACCCGCUUCCAUAUCAACUGGGACAACAACACAGACAGGCUGGAGGCCAUAGAGAACCAGGACCCCACCCUGGGCUGUGGCCUCCCCCUCAGCUGCACUCCCAUCAAGGGCUUGGGUCUCCCUGGCUGCAUCCCUGGCCUCCUCCCUGAGAACUCCAUGGACUGCAUCUAACUGUGGGACUCUGGGCCCAGAUGGGACCACGGCCAGUCUCCUGGCACAUCUGGAGGGGGCAGCCAGGCCUCACGGACAGUCUUGUGGAGGCCAUAUUGAGGACUUUGGGGCCGUCAGCUAUAUCCAGGCCAGUCAAACUUGGCCCCGAGGAAGGAAGGGGCCUCGGGUCUUUCCUAGCCCUGGCCCAGAAGGAUCAUCUCACCUCUACUGCCCAGGCCUGAAAGAAGCAGGUACUUGAGUUCUUCAUUCUUUCUGACUUGUGUUCUUCCUGUCUUCCACGCGCACUGUAAACUCCACCUGCAGGCCAUUGUGCCAUGGUGCUCCCAUGAGUACCAUUGACCCAAAGCUCUUUUCCCACAGACCUCGCUGGCCUGCCCUGAGGCUUUCUUGGUCAAUGCCUGGCAAGGCUCCGGCCCUGUUGGGCCAAAGGCUCUGUCAUUUCUUUCCCUUCCCAAACAUCUGAGCAGAACCACCCAGCUUUCUGGAGUCACAGGCCAGGAGUCUUUGUAGAGGUGGAUUUGGAAUUAGUUUCUGUCCCUCUCCUAAGAUGAUUUUUAGCUCUUUUCAAUCAAACAGCUCUCUGGAAAACUGUUCCUGAGGGUGAUCAGCAGGAUGCUGAGGAAAGAUGGUUGACUCUCCUCUCAGUCACAACCACCUUCCUGAUACCUCCUAACUGGAUGUGGCUUUCCCUGGAGGCUGCCACUGUGACAGGAUGGCAUGCUGGAGGGGCCUGCUGUGUUUGGUCUGUCCCAGUGUCGGUAUCAGGGCCCCUCUGCUUCUGGCUGCCUUGAUCUGCCCUCUGCUAAGAACUCAUGCUCUCAUAGGCCACAGAGUACAGACAAGGGAAGUAGUAGGAGCCCUGAAAACCUUUCCUCCCGCCGCCAUGCUCCCCACCUGCACCCUCGUCCCCUCGCUGCUAUGUGGAUGCUGUUGUGAUUACAGUUUGUAUAUUAAAGGGUUUUUAUAUUAAAUAUGUUUGGUUGGUCUAAAAAUAAAAAGCACUUCAUCUAGA